GGUUUUCAAUCAAAUCGAUAAGUGUUUCCUUAAUUUUGCUUGCCAUACAUUACAAAUUAUAUCAAGCAUAAGCAGCAACACAAGUCGAGUGACAUGCGGAGAAAACAUGUCUUAUGAUCGUUAUUUUGUUGAACUGAAAAAGGAAACAUUGUAUUCUGGUUCAGGUUAUAGCAAACAGACAACUAGCAACUCAAGAAGAAAUUCAACAUUUCGCACCUGAAUUUUUAUCAAAUAUGCGCAAAGAUUUAUUGAAAUAUGAUCCAGAUUAUGUAUUUAAUAACGGAUCAAUUUGGUAUUCAACUUGA